GGUCCGGGCUCUUUCUCCCUCUUUAGUAUGAAAUUGAAAAGAUAAUUUCUCAUCCAAUUCUGGAAUUUGGUUCCAUUUCUUCAGCAUUUACUGGCAAAUCAUAUUCAAAAAUCCCAGCCAAACAUGGCGGAACCUGAAACGGAGAAGAAAACAUUACCAGUGAUGCUACACUGCUCUCUUCUCUCGGAUUAUCAAUCUUCGUCUCCACCAGCAAAAAUUGCAACGAAAGAGCGAACGUUGUCCAUACCAAACUGGUCUCAUCUCCCUGAAGAGCUACUUCACAUCAUCUCGACACAUCUAAAAGACUGUUUCGAUGUUCUUCACGCUCGCUCUGUCUGUCAAUCAUGGCGAUCCACAUUUCCCUUCCCCGCUUGCCUGUUAAGCCCAAGUUAUAGCCUUCCCUCAUACGCCACGUUCCCUCUUGAAAGCAAAGAAUCGUGCACCACCCUCAAGAAGAUCCCUUUGUUUCUCAUUAGAAUCACGAUUUCUCCAGGUGCUUCUGCGGCUGCUCCUGGCUAUUUGUGUUUCUUGGGAGGGUUAGGCAAAGGUACAGAGCUUCUUCUUCCAUCUCCCACUCUUCAGUGCUCAGUGAAAGUGAAGAUCCCAGGGUUUUUACCAACAGUGAGGAACAUGCUCGACUGCGAGAUCGUCACUCUGGGCCAUCAGUACAGAAUGAUCGGUUGGGAGCUUAGAGAUUACAGAGGCGUGGUGUUUCUUCCGCUAAACAAGGAAGGAGAAUUCGUCGUGCUUAUCAACUACACUAAUAUUUUGUUGGUGUUAACAAGUGCUGAAAUGAAGUGGAAGCAGCUUAAGAACGUCCCCGAUGCUUCCUUCUCGAAUCUAAUCGCUUUCAGAGGCAGAUUCUACGCAGCGUUUCGUAACAGGGAAGUCGUCGUCAUCGAUCCUUGUUCUCUGGAUGUGACUCCAUUGAUGCCAUCGCAGCCUGAGCCUUUGAGCUCGACUAAUUAUCUUGUUCCAUCUGGAGAUGACGAUGAGCUUUUCCUGGUUGAGCUAAUCAUCCCGACUUUUGGUGAUUCGCAUGAUCAUCCUUUGACAUGUAGAGUGAGUAAGCUAGAUGAGGAAACGUGUAGAUGGGUCGUGGUGAACCAUUUGGGAGACAGAGUUUUAUUCAUUGGGUUUUUCGGAAACGUAUCGUGCUUCGCCAAGGAUCUUCCUGAUGGCUGUGGUGUGAGUGGGAACUCGAUUUUGUUCACUAAUGGGAUAUGCAAUGUAACUUUCUCUUAUAAAUAUGUAGCGGGAAGUGCAGAAGAUGGCUUCAGCUUAUGGAGAAUGUCAAGAGAGAAUCGUGUGAGGAUCGUCAACAGAUCUCCGGUUGUGGCUCUCCGUCUUUCGAUUCCUGACCUUCCCCCAUAUCUGAAAAGGAACACUGAUUUCGGAGACCGCGUGCUGUUUGUUGAAAUCGAUGCUCAGAGUGAUUUUUAUUCUUGCCCUUACAACAAAGAAGAGAUCGAUUACAAUAUUGGGUUCUCUGUGGCUUUAGCAAUUGUAGAAAUGGCAGAACCUGCAAGGAAAAAGAAUACACCAUUGUUGAUUCUAGACUGGACUAAGCUCCCUGAAGAAAUACUUGAACUCAUCAGCGAGAAGCUUGGCUAUUUCAAUGUUGUUCAUGUACGGUCAGUGUGUCGGUCCUGGAGAAAAAUAUUCCCUCUUCCUUCUUGUCUAGUGCUUCAGACCUUCUCUCUUCCUACAUAUCCAAUCGAAAAAGUUGGAGUGUGUAGUGUGGAGAAGAUUCCUAUUUUUCUCUUUAAGGUUCAAAGAGCUCCUGCUGAUUCUGCUACUUCUGCUUUGUCGACUUAUUACGUGGGAGCUAUAAACCGGGAUGAGUGUGGUGAUUAUAUGGAGCCUCCAUCUCCUCUUCAAGGUUCACUGAGAGUGAUGGUAUCAAGAUCUGAUCCGAAACUGGUGAAUAUGGUUGACUGCGAGGUCUUCUCUAUGAGCCAUCAGUACAGAAUGAUCUGUUGGGAUCCUAAAGGACUAAAAACAAUUUACAAGCAUGUGGCUUAUCUUCCGCUACACAAGAAGGGAGAAGGAGAAUCCGUUGUUCUCGGUGGCUGCAAGAAAUAUCUUCCGCUACACAAGAACGGCGAAGGAGAAUUCGUUGUUCUCCGUGGCUGCAAGAAAUAUCUGCUGUUCUUAACAAGUGCUGAGAGGAAGUGGAAGAGGUUUAAGGAAGGUUGGGUAUGCACAAGUGUAGUCACUUUUAGAGGCAAGUUCUAUGUAACCAUUCUAAGCAAAGGCGUUUUCGUUAUUGAUCCUUAUACUAUGAAAGCGACUCAGUUGAUGCCUUCUCCUGGUGUGAGUGGAGCCAACUAUCUAGUUCCGUCUGGUAAUGAUGAGCUUUUCUUGGUUGAGAGAUUGGUGAUUAGUGCUGGUCGGAUAACGUGUAGAGUGUUUAGGAUGGAUGAAGAGGUCGGUGGAUGGGUAGCCGCUACUGAUUUGGGAGGUGGAGUGCUGUUUUGUGGACACGAAGUAAACUUCUGUUGCUCGGCUGAGAAGUUGCCCGAUGGUUGUGGUGUGACUGGUGACUCGGUUUUGUUCACCAAUCAUCUGAAAGAUGUGACUUAUUUUUAUAAGUAUAAACCACCCCCAUGUGCAGCAGAAGGCGUUGGGAGUGAGUGGAUAAUCUCAAGAGAGAGUCGUGUGAAGUUCGUCAAAUCUAGAUGUCCUUCUGUGGCUUUUCAGGUCGAUUUGUGUGAAGAAUGAAGAUCAUCAAAUUUAAAUCUCAAGACAUAGUGGUGUGAAGUUCAUCAAAUCAUACGUUGGCUACUUUGAGACAUCUAUUGCUUUUGUUUUUCUGAAGGAUCAAAACAAAGGAAUCCUAUGGUUUUUUUUUGUUGUAGAUCUUGUACUGCUUGAUGCUAGUGGUUUAACACACAUCAGUGUCAACGAAAAAUAUUGUUUCAUAAAAUUUUCUGCAUUCUGACUGUUAAU